GGGGCAAAAUUUUUGAAUCAAUGGGACAGCUUGCCAAUUUUAAUUUUUUCUAGUGAAAGGCCGUCUAUCUUCAAUGUGUUGUGCUGCACUUAAAAGCCCCUGAACAUGAUCCCUCAGCUAAAAUUGCAUGAGGGUAAAUGUUGGUAGUGUAGGUUAAAAUUUACUGACCUGUAAGAUUUGUGAAUGAUUUAAGUACAAUACAUGCUAUAUCUGACUCUGUUGGUGAAGGCAAUUGACAUGAAGGAGAAGUUGGUUUGGAGUUAGGCAGUGAUUGUGACAUUGGAGUUUGAUAAAACUAGUGAUAAUUAUAAGAUGGUGCUAUAUAUACUCGCGUUCUUGAUGCAGCUCAUGGUGAUUCUCUGGUUCUUAUUGCGUGUAUCAGAAAAUGGCAGGAGGUGCAGAUCUUACAGGACCUAAUGUUGUGUCUAAAAUUUCCAUCGACCGAACCCAAGAUGCAGAUAAAGGUAAUAAUCACCACAGGCCUAGCAUUGAUGCAUUACUUAUGGCACCAAAAAUACCAAAGCCAGUGCAACCAGUUUCUUCAGCAUCUGAGGGGGAGACAAUCAGGCGACCCCGUGGCAGGCCAGCGGGUUCUAAAAACAAGCCAAAGCCGCCUAUCAUUGUCACCCGCGACAGUGCUAAUGCACUUCGUGCACAUGCUAUGGAAGUGAGUUCAGGCUGUGAUGUGAGUGAAAGUUUAACCAACUUUGCAAGAAGGAAACAAAGAGGCAUUUGCAUACUGAGUGGAAGUGGUUGUGUAACCAAUGUCACACUGCGACAACCAGCUUCCUCCGGAGCCAUUGUGACCCUCCAUGGCCGUUUUGAGAUUCUGUCAUUGCUCGGAUCAAUCUUGCCUCCUCCUGCCCCUCCUGGGAUUACAGGUCUAACCAUCUACUUGGCUGGGGCUCAGGGGCAGGUUGUAGGUGGGGGCGUGGUAGGUGCACUUAUUGCUUCAGGGCCUGUUGUGAUCAUGGCUGCCUCGUUCAUGAAUGCAACAUUUGAUCGUCUUCCACUGGAUGAAGAUGAAGUAGCUGCAGCUUUACAGAACCAACAAUACCAAAACGGUCGUCACCACCACCUGGAUAUGUCAGAUUUUUAUGGACUUCCACCAAAUCUGCUCACUAAUGGUAAUGUGCCUCCUGAGGUUUACUCCUGGGCAUCUGGCCGAAAUAUGUCAAAGACAUAA